AUGCCGGAAUUUCGGAGUGUCGUUGGGAAACUGAAAUGGGCGGUGCUUGGGAAAUCGGAAAUUAAAUUGGAGAAAGCAAAAGCAUAUACAGUCGAUUUAUCAGACUACAAAGAGAUCAAUCGUACUGCUGAUCUCGUCAAAAAAGACAUUGGAAAAGUUGAUAUUCUCAUCAAUAAUGCUGGAAUUGUGACCGGAAAGAAGCUCCUCCAAUGCCCAGAUGAGCUCAUGAUUAAGACAGUCGCAGUCAACACAAAUGCUCUUUUCUUUACCGCAAAGAACUUCUUGCCAGCAAUGCUUGAGUCGAAUAAGGGACACAUUGUGACAAUUGCGUCAAUGGCUGGAAAGUGCGGAGUUGCAGGAUUGGUCGACUAUUGUGCUUCAAAACAUGGUGCCGUUGGAUUCAAUGAUUCCCUUGCCUCUGAACUGUAUUCCCUCAAAAAAGACGUGAAAACAACCGUAGUCUGUCCAAUCUACAUCAACACUGGAAUGUUCGAUGGAGCCGUCACAAAAUGGCCAACUCUUCUCCCAAUUAUGGAGCCAGAAUAUGUUGUCGAUUGUAUCAUGGAGGCUGUUCUGACUGAUAGAGCAUUCUUGGCUCUCCCGAAAUUCAGUUACAUUUUCAUGGCUCUCGCCGGUCUUCUCCCAACUGAAGUGAUCAGUUUGUAUGGAGACCACUUUGGAAUCACUCACUCGAUGGAUCAUUUCAAGGGAAGACAAUCGAGAAAGGCCUAA